UUGACUUCUACGGCCUAAGGUUUGAGCAAUUCAAAAUUUUUGGCCGAGUUAGCUGUUGCUUAAUCUCAGUUUUUGAUGAUGAAUUGGAUAAAGCAAUGACUUCAGCACGAGACAGUACAAAAGUUGUGCUAGUUGCUUGCUUAGUAAUGAUCUCAGCUGCGUCACAAACAAUUCAUCCGAGCUGCCAAAAAAAAUGUGGAAGCGUUAGCAUUCCGUAUCCAUUUGGUACAAUUGAGGACUGUUACAUGAACAGCAACUUUUAUGUUGCUUGUAACACAAGUCACAGGCCUCCCAAACUAUUUCUGUGGAAUGUGACAAAAACUAUUGAGGUAUUAGAGUUGUCAUUGAAUGGCCAUUUGCGGGUAAAAUCCCCAGUAGCGUAUGUCUGCUAUGAUGAAAAGGGUGUGCUAGUGGAUUCAGGGAAUUCAUCUAUGACUUUGCAAGCAUUCCCCUUCUCCUACACCCAAAACAAGUUCGUAGGAAUUGGAUGCGACACCCUUUCAACCAUCAAUGCAACAAUUGGGAAAAACUACUCUGCUGGAGGGUGUUUCUCUCUUUGUAGUAGUGUAGAAAGUUCAACCAAUGGAUCCCGGUUUGGCAUUGGUUUCUGCCAAACCUCCAUCCCAAAAAACAUUUUGGCAUAUGAAGCUCGUGUCCUGAGAUCAAAUAUGCUUCAUAGGGAUAUGAAUAUUCCUUGUAGCUACUCUCUUUUGGUGGAAGAAGACUCUUUCGAGUUUUCCACGGAUGACUUCAUCAAACUGCAGAAGAGAAGAACAGUUUCCACAGUGCUUGAUUGGGCUGUUGGGAAUCUAACAUGUGAAGAAGCUAAGAAUAAUUUGACUAGUUAUGUUUGCCAAGAAAAUAGCGUAUGUAUUGAUUCUCAAAAUGGACCCGGGUACCUCUGCGGAUGCUUAGAAGGUUAUGUGGGAAAUGCAUACCUUCAGGGUGGAUGCCAAGAUAUUGAUGAGUGUGCCAAUCCGAGUCUAAAUGAUUGUUCAGACAUUUGCAUUAACCUACCCGGGAGCUAUAAUUGUUCUUGUCCCAAGACCAGGAAGCACCAGGGAGAUGGCAGAAAAGGCGGAAGUGGCUGUGUCUCGAAUCUACAACAUGUGGUUAACGAGAUUGUGAUAGGAACUGGCAUAGGCCUUGUGCUGUUGUUAACUGGUAGCGGUUGGCUAUACCAUAUAUUUCGUAAAAGAAAACGGGCGAGUCUCUCAGCGCGAUAUUUUAAGAGAAAUGGUGGCUUAAUGUUAGAGCAGCAGAUUUCAAAGAUGGAGGGAUCAUCUGAGAGAGCUAAAAUAUUUACUGCAAGAGAGCUGAAGAAAGCCACUGAAAACUUUCACGAGAGCAGAAUCAUUGGCAGAGGAGGCUACGGCACAGUUUAUAAGGGAAUUCUUCCAAAUGACCAAGUUGUUGCCAUAAAGAAAUCAAAACUAGUAGAUCACAGCCAAACUGAACAAUUUGUCAAUGAAGUGGUUGUACUUUCCCAAAUUAACCACAGAAAUGUGGUCAAACUCCUAGGUUGCUGUCUGGAGACAGAAAUGCCACUGCUAGUUUAUGAAUUUGUGAACAACGGAACACUCUUUGAUCACAUUCACAAUGAAAACACCACACUUCCCUGGGAAACACGUCUAAGAAUAGCAGCAGAAACAGCUGGUGUGCUUGCUUACUUGCAUUCUUCAGCUUCCAUACCGAUCAUCCAUAGGGACUUCAAGUCAACUAACAUACUCUUAGAUGACAAAUACACGGCUAAGGUUUCUGACUUUGGAACCUCUAGAUUGGUUCCACGUGAUAAGUGUCAGUUGACAACAUUGGUUCAGGGAACUCUUGGGUAUCUUGACCCUGAAUACUUUCAGACCAGUCAACUAACUGAGAAAAGUGAUGUGUAUAGUUUUGGUGUUGUACUUGCUGAGUUGCUAACUGGAAGAAGAGCACUUUCGUUUGACAUGCCAGAGGAGGAGAGGAAUUUGGCGUUGUAUUUUCUUUCGGCUGUGAAGGAUGAUUACUUGUUCCAAAUUGUUGAGGAUUUUGUCAAUGAGGGAAAUAGUGAGCAGGUGAAGGAAGUUUCUAACAUUGCUCAAUGGUGCUUGAGGCUUAGAGGUGAGGAAAGACCUACCAUGAAGGAAGUUGCUAUGGAAUUGGAAAGUCUCAAAACCAUGACAGCAACAACUUCACUGAUUAAUGCCACAUCGAAUGCAGCAGAAUACGUUAUCGGUGAAAGAUCAGGUUCAGCAGAAAGAGACACUGCUAAUUGUCAUUAUACUUAUGCUAUACGUGCUGGACCUGAGGAUGAUACCAUUUGCAACGAUGUGAUGUCACCGUUAUGGGAUGGUAGAAUUCUCUCUAACCACCAUCAUUACAAUAGCAGAAGAGAUAAUGUCCAUUACAAGAACUUGAAAAACAAAGCCAUGUCUGUGCACUCUAAGCAGCUGCUGCUGCAGGUGCUUCUCGUUGCCCUCCUUAUUGCAAAAUCUAAAACUCAAGCCAUAUCAAGGCCAAACUGUUCUUCAAACUGUGGCGAUGUCACCAUUCCCUUCCCCUUCGGCAUCUCCGACACUUGUUCCUUAGACGCCUCAUUUGUUCUUACUUGCAACCAAACCUCUCCCUCAUCACACUCCCUCUUCCUGCCACAAACCAAUAUAACUGUGCUUAACAUCUCACUCAACGGCCACAUGCAAAUUUCAUGGCCUGUAGCCAGCGACUGCUACGCCGACGGAGGCAAACUCGUGAGACAAUCAUUUCAAGACCUAAACCUCACAACUUUUCAAGUCUCUUCCAACAGAAACAGGUUGACUGUAGUUGGGUGUGACACGCUUGGAUUAAUGGUGGGAAGCGAUUUGGAGGGAAAGAACUACACCACGGGAUGCAUUUCCUUGUGCAACAGGCUCCAAGACAUCGAAACAAACGGCACUUGUUCCGGCACCGGUUGUUGCGAGACUUCGAUUCCACGCGGGUUGUCGAGUUUCUCCUACGGUUCAGGGAGUUUGUUCAAGCACACGCAUGUAAUAGACUUCAACCCGUGCGGGUAUGUGUUUCUGGUGGAAGAUGGGGCCUAUAAUUUCUCCUCCACGGAUCUCUUCAAGUUCGACAAAACCACGUUUCCCGUUGCGGUGGAUUGGGUGGUUAAGAACCAAACGUGCGAAGAUGGUAAGAAAGAGGCUUUCAGUUACGCGUGUAAGGCAGAGAACAGUGAAUGUUUCCAUUCAGUAGAGGCAUCUGGUUACCUUUGCAGCUGCUCAAAUGGUUUCGUGGGAAAUCCCUAUCUUCUUCAUGGUUGCGAAGAUGUUAACGAAUGCAUGGGAUCCAACGAUUGCGUUGAUGGGGCCAAAUGCAGUAACUCUCCUGGUGGUUAUAACUGUUUAUGCCCAAAAGGGUUUGAAGGAGAUGGAAAAAAUUAUGGAACAAGAUGCACUUACAAAUCUACCAUCAAUUCAAGGAAAGAAAUCAUACUCAUAAUUGCUCUGAGUGUGAGUGUAGGCCUAGUAGCACUGCUUGUGGGAAGCUUUUAUGUGUAUUGGGCAUCAAAGAAAAGAAAGAUCAUCAAACUUAAAGAACAUUUUUUUCACCAAAAUGGUGGUCUUUUCUUACAACAACACAUAAUCAAGCAUAAAGGGUCUAUUGAAACGGCUAAAGUCUUCACUAUAGAGGAGCUAGAAGAGGCCACCGACAACUUUGAUGAAGGCAAGAUUCUUGGCCAAGGUGGCCAAGGAACAGUUUACAAAGGAGUAUUGCUAGACAAUAGAACAGUGGCAAUUAAGAAGUCUAAAAUUAGUGAUCCGAAUCAGAUUGAACAAUUCAUUAACGAGGUAAUUGUGCUUUCUCAAAUCAAUCAUAAAAAUGUGGUAAAACUCUUGGGUUGUUGUUUAGAGACAGAAGUUCCCAUGCUUGUUUAUGAAUUCAUUCCCAAUGGUACUAUUUAUGAGCACCUUCAUGAUCAUAAUUGUUUUCUAAAACUUUUAUGGAAAACAAGGUUGAGAAUAGCAACAGAAACAGCUGGGGCCUUGGCUUAUUUGCACUCAGCUACUUGUACACCAAUCGUACAUAGAGAUGUGAAAACUACAAAUAUUCUUCUUGAUCAUAAUCUCAUUGCAAAGAUUUCUGAUUUUGGAGCAUCAAGGAUUUUCCCCCUUGAUCAGUCUCAACUAACCACUCUGGUGCAGGGAACAUUAGGGUAUCUUGAUCCAGAAUACUUUCACACAAGCCAAUUGACAGAGAAGAGUGAUGUGUAUAGUUUUGGGGUUGUCCUGGCAGAGCUAGUAACAGGAAUGAAGGCACUUUCAUUUGAUAGGCCAGAGGCUAGUAGAAACCUUGCACUGUACUUUGUUUCUUCAAUGAAAACAGGUCAAUUACUUAACAUUGUGGACAACCAAAUAUUGCAUGAGGCAGAUGUUGAGCAACUGAAAGAAGUUGCCAAUAUUGCAAAUCGAUGUUUAAAGGUGAAAGGAGAGGAAAGACCCACCAUGAAAGAAGUGGCAAUAGAACUUGAGGGACUUCAAAUUGUGGGAAAACACGGAUGGGAAAGUGUUAGUUCGUCUUCAGAAGAGACUGAAAACUUCAUAAACUCAGCACCAUCCGUUCUUUGUGUUGAAAGUGGCAUCAAUUUAGCUUUUGAUUGCUUAAACCAGAUUUCCACGUCUUUGGGGAGUGGAAGAUGA